AUGGACAAUCUGGUUAAGUCGGAAAGCAUUUCUCUUAAAGAGCAUAUUUUUACUCCGAUUUGUAGUCACCUAUUAAAAAUUUGUUAUUCUAUUGCUGUAAUCGAUUUAAUUCAAUCCUUUUACUUUCUGGUACAGUCAUUUAUUUUGUUGGCAACUAAUGUAAAUUUGUAUUCAAUCAUUGCAUUUCUGGGCUCUAUAUUUUGGAUAUUUAUGGUUGGACUACUUUUUAUGGGUCUUUGGAAGAGUCGCCUACCAUUUAUCAUUGCUUGGUUGUGUUUUUCGAUUGUUGGAGUUAUUCUGGACGUAUUUUUCUUUAUGUGGACAAUUUCCAUUUCAGACUAUAUAACGUGGAUGGAAAUUAUUCAGUUUACGUUUCUCUAUGUUGGCAUAGUAAUUGAAUGGCUUUGUAUUUACAUGGUUUAUAAAUAUUGUUUGAGUAUGAAAUCUACGUCAACCAUCAAUGUACCCGAGGAUGGCCAUAUCCGUGGAUCUCAACUAAAUCGAUCAAGCGAGCGGUUGUCUAUUGAUCAGUCACGAAGAGGAAAAUCAAUGUCGAGUAAAUUAGAGUCCAUUGAUCAGAUUGAGAAAAUACGUUUAAGUAAAACUGAAUCAAUUGCGGAGCCCGAGCAAGGCAAAGAUCAAAGAAAUAGCCAAUUGGAAACAUCUGAUAAAUCAGGUCGUGCUUCGAAAUCACAAAAACCAAAAGAAAAGGAUUUGAACCAGUCGAAGAAAAACGACAAAGCCAUAAAACGCAAAAGGAAACAAAAAACAGAUAAUGAAAACAAGAAAAGCAGAAGUUCAGAAAAAUGAAAACCAAAUAUAAUAUUUAGAUUAUAUUUUACGUUUAUCUGCCAACAUUUAUAAGAAAAUAUGUUUAAAUAAAAAGACAGAAAAUUCCCAAUGGCAUUUGCAGGCCAUU